GAAGACAUGGAACUGGUAAUAGAUAAAAUGGGUAAAGGCUUGUCAUUACCAGAAGCUAUCGAGCAAGUUUUAGCAAAUGCAAAGGGAAAACAACAUGCCAGCCUUAGCAAAAAUCUAUAUCAUUUUAUUAAUAAAGAAAAACAUGAAUUUAUAGCAGAAUAUGAUUUA